AUCCGACACUGUCGCUGUCAGAGCGUCUGUCACUGUCAGUCGUAAAUUUUAGGUUAAGGUUAAGGUUUAUGAUUGUGAGCGGACUGUGAGCAAUGGAAUUCUGAAUUAAACGAAAUUCUGCAGUCGGCAAAGUAAUAAUUGAAAAAUGAGCCUAACAAGAUUCAAUAAAGUUUGUCGGAGACUGAACGGUGCCCGCUAUUUUGCAAUAGCAGUCCACAAUCCAGAGCAAGAUGAGUACACCUCCAAACCGCAUUACCCACCGAUAGAAGAUCUUUCAUUUCGCGAGAAGCUUAAACGUAAAAAAGCAAAGUUACAUGAUGAAAUCCGCAAUGUGAAAACAGUCGAAGAAAAGCAGAUAAAAUUGAACAUGCGCAGAUAUUAUGGUUUCAAAUGCUACAUGGUGAAUGAGGGCUACUGUCCAUACAACAACUUGCCCCUUGCACAGCAUAUUACGAGAACGCAUUUGAAAGCUGAAAAAAAACUCCCUCAACUGUAUGAUAACAUAGAUGUCAGCAGUCUAGCUACUCAGCUUAAGAAUGAUGUAGAAGAGAUUAUCUUGAUCGAGACUGAAGGAUAUAGAAAAAAGAUUAAAGACAAAAUACUAGGUAUUGAAGAUGGCGAAGAUUUCACAUCAGCACUCACCAAAUCAAUCAACCGAAUGAUAAUGAGUAAUCUUGCAAAGCAGUAUCCUCAUAUUUUAGAUACCCAGUUUGAUUUUGAACCGAGAAUCGAAUCCACGUGGUAUGCAGGUGGUAUGAACCCACCAGAUAACAUAAAGAGGUAUAGAGAAGGCAGGGAUUGGACCAAGGAGUACAAGGAUGAUCCAACUGAUCGGCUUAUGGCAUUCAUAGGUUUACCAAUCCUAACUCUGAGAUCCCAGCUUCCUUUACCAACAGUGGCAGCAGAUAGUGAUGUUGAUGGUAUAAAUAUGGAGCUUCCAGAAUGGCAGUAUGAUCCUAGAGUAGUUGGUACGAAAACAGAACAGAAUAGACGUAUUGUGAAUGUUCCAGGAUACUUCCCGGGCGACACGCAUCGCUUCAGCCAACUGUCAUAUCACAAACGUCACCACGCGAGGAACACUUUUGGUGAAGUCAUUGAUGAAGAAUGCUCCCUCUCCAGGCAAGCAAUCGUAACUUCGUUUGGGUGGCUGCAAGCACAAGCUAACAUGCUUGGCUUCAACAGCUUCAAUGACAUUACUUACCCGAUGAUCACUCAAACUGUCAUUACAGAUGGCAAAAACUGGUCAUUCUUUGUCUACCAAAUGAACACUAUCUUGUUUCAUACUCACUUUGCGAAGGAGAAUCCGAAAAGGAACAUUUGCUGGGGUACUGAUGAAAUGAAGCUGUAUGAAGGCGUUAGCGGCGGAAAAGUAUUAGGCUUCAAUGAGGAAGUUUUGAAAACGCUGCUCAAAUUCUACGUGAAUGAACCUCGAGAAAGGUUAGGCGUUAAUCUCACGCCAUUUCUGAGCAACGAAGAGAAGGUAGCAGCUGAUUAUACGGACGAUGAUAAAAGCAAUUGGCUAGAACGCGAGUACAAGUUCUUGACAUCAAACCGUCCAAGAUACCAAUUGCCAUACGAAAUCUACGCCUGGGAGAAAAUCUAUAAGAUUGAUCAUCAGUCUAGGUUUAUGGAUAAGAGAUUAAGGCCGUUCGAGCUGUUCCAGAAUCCGUACGACAGGCGGCUGGACGAUAGAUUGCCUGAAUAUAUUCCAAGAAAGCUCAGACCUGAUGUGAAAAGAUGGGUGGGAAGAUACAAGAAAGAAUAUUUUCCUUAGUUUCUGACAAGUUUAAACGUGUUGUUAAUGUUAAAAAAUACAUUUAAUGUACAUUAUUUAUUGGUUGUUUUACUAGAUAUUCUUGAAGUGCACCCCCAACAAAUGUGAUACUUCAAAUUAGAGACACAGCACAGAACUCCACCUCCACUGCUGCCAGCAAAAGUAAAAGUGUCUUGGCCAGCGCGUUCUCCGGAUUCAACUCCUCUUGACUUUUUUAUUUGUGCAAUGGAAGUAUUUAGUGUGAUUACAUCAGAAAUUUUACAUUUGAACUCUACUGUUAGUAAAUAAUGGCAACCUAUUGUGAAU